GCUCAGGUUUAUACCGAUCCACAGAAUGUCUGAAAACUUCAGCAUUUGAGGUCUCUAGGACUCCUGUCUGACACAGAGUGCAGGAGUAAAGGAGACCCUGAGGCCAGUGGAAACCAUGCGGGGGAGUAUCUAAUGUCACAUGGCCAUCGGCUAUCUUUCUCCUGACAAGGUCUCUCUGAGAGUCAGUCAAGCACGUCAACUAGUACCUUGUGGAGUCGAAGCAGAGGUGAAAGGCCCCCAGAGCCAGCACAUCAUCAUAGCUGUGAUCCUGACCAAGCUCUUUUCCGGCUGUGAAAUCCCAGGCCACUUUGCACAGGAUUCGAACUGUGUUCUUUGCCUCCAGUCCUCAAAAAUGAGCGAGUAGAGAGCAACGUGCACGAAUCUGAUAUCACCCUAUUCAAGGAGACAGAUGGACGAAAGAUGUUCAAUGGAUGAAAGGAGAGAAUUUCCAUGGCGUAAGGUUGCAUUAACCCUGGGAGUUACAUGUUUUUUCCUCCUGCUGGCAAACACAGGCUUGAGAUAUAUGCUUUUUCACAGGUGUUCUGGAGAAAUCGGGCAAGAUAUGAAAGAACCAGAAGACAAGAAUGCUUCCUUAGCAGACGUUGAAGAUCGCUUAAUUUUACUACCCAAUACAGCAUGGAAUGAAGACAAUGACACAUUUCAAGGAAACUGGUACUGCUGUGGAAAAAGCUGUUACCACUUUUCAAAAGAGGAGAAAACUUGGGAGAGGAGCAUGGUGUCAUGCCAAGAUCUGCAGGCUAGUCUCCUGAAGAUUGAUACUAAAGAAGAGCAACACUUUGUUAACUGGCGCAGAUUUCUCUGUGGAAGAGACAUAGGUGUAACAAGUGACCAAGAAGAACCAUUGAUUUAA